AGCGGUGGAGACACAAAGGCACCCUACAGCGCUUGGUGAAUUAUUGAUGCUCAUGUGGCAUGCUGACAGUGAAUAGAGGUGACCUUGGGUGGUAGUGGGAGAUUCUUAGAAAUCCUGUCCCUCCCCUGGUUUGCUCUAUUUCUGCAGAUCUGAUAAGACUGAUUCUGUUUUAACUAUGGAGCGGCUAAACAGCUGGGAGCUGAGCCUUAGUGUUUGAGAUCAGUGCUGGCUAGUUUGUGAGGGCCUCUGGGAGGGAAGUAGGUCAUGGACACUGACCCCAGGUAUGUUUGUCUCAGCAGGGGGGCCUGGGGCUUAGGAGGAUUAGUGGCUGAGUGCUCAGGUAGCACAAAGAGUUGUUCUGCUUCAGCAAGGAUGCUCUUAACCUGUCUCUACUUCCAACAUAGUAGUUUCAUCAUAAUAGCUAUAAGCUAAACAAAAAGUUUUUACCUUCUAGGUGUUCGCUGACUAGGACCCAAGCAGGAUUUAUAGCUACUGAUGCAUGCACAAGAGAAAUACUAUGUUGUGAAACAUUAAACACAGAAAGAGGAAUACAUACCAGCAAAACAGGUGGCAUGCACAACCCAGCAACAAUCCCCCCCCCUCCCCACACACACACGCACACAUAUUUAGCAACUUUGCAGAAAAAGAAAGUGGAAGUAAAAGAACAACAGACACACAAGUGUGAGGGAAAGGGAGGAGCCACCAGGUGAAAAGGGAGGAGAAGGAUGUUCAUGACUUUCAGGUGGACUGGAGGGAAGCAGUGGCAAAUAAUUAAGACCAUAAGUGAAGAUGGCUCCCCAGCUAUACAUCACCAUGUACAAAGAGCAGUUUACCUCUCCCGGCAGAGCGAAACGAGAACAACCUCGACCGACCUCUGCCCACCGCAGGAACAAUCCCCAGCCCCGGCCGGACUUUCUGUUUCCCUGGAGUCUUCAGUCCAACUACAGGUCACGCCUACAGCACCCCUCGCCCCCCGUGGACACUGGCCGUCCUCUCUUCCCCCCUGUCAAUCAAUUAUCAUUCCACAGUCCAGUUAAGACUUGUCCUGACAACUAUCUAAACAAAGUGGACACAGGCAAACAAAACCACCUGCCCCCUGUCAAUCCAUCCACAGUACAAGCUCUGCCCUCUGCUGACGGACUGCAGAAACUACAGCUGACUGAGCCUGCUGGCACUGGAUAUAAGGUCCACACAACUUUGAAGAACCCAGCAAGGAUGGAUUAUCAGAGGAAUGUUCAUCCACUCUCAGCACAGCAACUCAGGCAACAUACAACUGCUCAGCUUCGGACAAGACCGCAAACCAGUAACCCACCAGCAGCUCAACACCACUUUCCACGGGCACAAUACCGGAGGUCUAGUUCUAAUAGCAGCUUGGAUUAUAGUGGGUGCUACAGCUGCUUCCAUGUGGUGAAGCCCUACCAAGCUGGACACUACAUCAUACACCCAGAGUUUGUGUCUGAGUGCCUUCGUUAGGACUAUUAGAGCACUGGCUUCCAAAAUGGGGAUCGGGGACCUGCAGAAGUCCUUGAGGGGGCUCCGUGGGUUCCCCAGCAAAAUGAGCGAUCGUUAACUUCACCAUUGUUUAAUUCUCUACUAAUUAACCCAGUGAGAGAGGUGUAAGAAUGAAUAAUGUCACUGCUGGCUGCACUCUCACCACUGUUAUCUCCCUACAUACAGUGUGGACACUUUUACAAUUCAAUACUAAAUCAGCGGUAAAGAUCUUCCCAUAAGGGGCUUGUGGUGAUCAAAUCGAAUGAGACGCUGUGGCCCUAAUGUGUAUGUCUAUGACAUUAAAAUUUUAUCCUUUUAUUAGAGAGGUCUUUUUCUUCAUGUAGGAAUUCUUUCUUGUAUGUUAAAAGAGAAAUAGUGCUACAAACAAUGAAACUUUACUCAGGGGUACAGACUUAUUAUGGUGAUUAUUAUAGGUAUUUGCUCGUGAUACCACACAGUAGAUAAAAUAUACCACCAGUGCUAAUUAGGUCAUCAUAUUGCAUAGCACAGAUAGACCUCAAGUCCCCACAGAAGUAGCAUAGGUUUUAUUUUUCAACUUUGCAAAUGGCUUUCCCCCCAGUUUUUUUAAAAACAUUGUUUUUGGUUCAUUUGCCUCUCAUUAUACAACCAGUGUGUUAUGUGAAGUUUUUCAACCGGUGUGAUUUGCUUAAAUCAUGUAAAACAGUGUAAUCAGUGCAGAAUGAGAAAAUAAAGAGUUCUGUUCCCA